CUUCGCAGGGACACGUGAUCGCACCCUCCCCCUCUGUUUUCCUCCCAGCGUGUAGGUGCGAAAAGUCAAGGUUCAGGGUCAGGGUUCAGUCUUCGCCUUUGACCAGCGUACUGUACGUCCAUCUCCAAGUGAAGUGAUGGAAGUGGAGAAAAUAUGGCAGUGGCAGUCGACAACAUCAUGCGACGAACGGCACAAGAAACCGUUACUUCAGAUAUGGUCUGACCUUCUUGUGGGCGUUUUAAAAUGGUUUCAUCCGGGGGUAGGAAGAAGUACACGGGGUCAGACAGCUAGGGGUCACUUAUGCCCCCAGUUGUUACAUCGACAGAAGUACACAAACACUGCCGACUGUUAGGGCUAACAAUAAAACAUCUUUCUCACCCGACAAGUACUUGCUGUGAGGUCUGCGAAAGGUGAGGCGAAACGGUUUCUAUGUGAACAAACUGUCGUGGUUAGGACUGAUGAAUGAAUGUAUUUUCCAUGAAAUAAAUAAAGAAAAAGAAAAAUGAGAAGGAUGAACAGCAGAAAUGACACAACCAGACAGAUAACUGAAUUUAAAAACAGUUGAUGUUUAUUGCUUUCAUCUCUUUAUCUUUCUCUACUCAUUGGAGGGGAUAAUAAUAUUUAACAUUUUCAGUUCAUUCCCUCCUGAUGACUGACCUAAAGUACACGGCUGCAACAUAGUGCCCCCACGGUCUUUUCUUCUCUUAUCUAACCCGACAAUGAUGCCGGGUGGAGGCCAUCGGUGCUUGCGUCUUCUGAGUCGACAAAACUGAGAACUGGACGGGGAGAAGACUUGUACAAUCAAAAGGGUUAGGACCAGCUCAGCAUCCGUGGUUUUGUUUGUGUGUUCUCCCUUGUGAGAAGAGAGAGAGAGAGAACAAGAAAGGAGACAAAGUUAAACAACCCAAAUGACAGAAACAAUGGCAAUGGAAUUUUUAAACUUGGUUUUUAUUCCUCUCGCUUAUUUUUAUUUUAUUUUAUUUUUCAUUCCCACUGGUGACAGACAUACGGGUACCUGUGUUUGGGUACCUUUUGAACGAAGGCGAGUGGGCAUCAGUUCCCAUUCGCCAUCUGCAGAAGCGGGUUUUCUCUCCAGAUAUCUCCUAUCCCUCCAAAGUCUAGUAUUUUCCAAUAUCGCGUAUAUAUGCUAUAUUCUAGCUCGACUUUGGGUACAAGCCACCUGUCCAUUCGCGAUGAACUCGAGGUCGUGGCUACAGUCUGUCCAAUGAAAGAGAAUUAAAAAAGAAAAUCAACUGGGAAAUAAAAUGAUCAGGUCAAAGAUCAGCUGGGAAGCUGCAGGAGCGGAAAGUAACUAUAAACUGUGGCAUAUUUACGCAGUUACCUUAGCAACCACAGGUACGGAGGCAAGAAUCUAUAAAGACAAUAAAGAUCAGACGUUCAUAGGAAAACACCAACUGAAAGAAAUCAAACCAUUUUUUUUAAAUUCCGAAUUAAAAAUUUAGAAGAGAAAAAGAGAGUGUGUGAGAGAGACCCUUGAAUAAACAUCAUUAUCAGCCGUUAUGUGUGAGGGCUUACAGGAGGACCAAUGUACUCAAGGUUCAGUGCGAUGUACUUAUGAAGAUUUUGAAAAUUUAAACUGAUGUCACGCAACCCGAACCAUAAAUUGCAAGAAGAAGAUAAGCAGACAUCCUGACUGUCAGUUUCUGUGUUUGCUGUCACUUUGUCCUUUUACUGGACUCCACAAUUUACAUUGCAUUUAAUUGAUUGUCUUUCCUUCAGUUUCAUGUACCCUUAUAUAUAAUGUCUCAAGCUUUUUUUUUUUUUUUUUUAUAUAUAUUUUCUUGCUUCUCAGCUCUUUUCAUUUUUUUAUCUUUAUCUAUUUCUGUUUACAUGUUGAAACACACCCCUUGAUGACACAAAGUUUUUAUGAUUUAGCUAAGUGAAACAAUGAAAUUAAAUUGACAGCUUCAUUUUUAGAAGCUGUAUGACAAUUGCUUAGAGAUGUUAAGAUUGUGAGUAUAAUCUCUGGACAGUUGUAAUAUAUUAUGAUCGUGUAAAACAGUUUUUAUAAGUGUUUUUACCUUCAGCUCAGCUGCUUUGCUUCAGGCAAAUAUUAAAAACUCGUCUGUCCUGUUUCUUAUAUUUAAAUACGAAUUGUAAAACCAGCUUCGCCUUCUUCAGUAAUGUAUGAUGAGCUUUAUUUUUUUAAUUAAUUUUACAAACUUGCUCCAUUUUUUAGUUGCUGUUUGGCAUGAUGAUAUGAUCUUGGCCUUGGUGGAAAGAUGUGGUGUGGUCAGAUUAGCUCCAUUGUUUACACAGAACACAAGAUGCACAAAGCAUCAAUGGUUUUCUGGUCUGAUAUUACAAUUCUAAUGAAUUGUCAGAAGACGGUCACUUAUACAAAAUAAAAUUUACCAGAUUUUCAAGAUGAGAGAUCAGUAGACAUAAAUUACAAAUGCAGAUGCUUUGUAAUGCUUGACAUCAUAGUAAUGGUUUGUAAUGCAUCCUAUUAUUGGCAUGUGCCAUACAGGUGGACUACAAGAGUCAAUGAAUUCUUCUUUUAUUAUUUUUUUACCUUCUUCCUCCAUGACUUAUGAGCAAACUUUAAAACAUUCUAUCAAUCAAUCAAUCAAUCAAUCAAUCAAUCAAUCAAUCGAUCGAUCAAUCAAACCAAGAAGUUAGUACCAGUGGUAUGACCAUUUAUUUAUAACACACACACACUUGUGUACUCGAACUAAAGACAAGCCUCACGUGGGAACCGCCAAGUGUCAGUGGGUGAAGGAAGGAAAUUUGAUUUGCAUCGAUUCCCAGGAAGCGAGUUUGUUUUAAAGACACGACUUGCUGCUGGCUCCCGACAUUUUUUUCCAGCUGCUGCGGCAGACGGGCAAACACGGGCCCACGGGUCUUGAACCUGCACCCGACAACAUCUUGAAGGCGCCUCACUGAACUUGCUGCACGUAAGUCAUGCAAAUACCGAAGUGCAAGGCAGUUUAACAUAUUUUAGUACAACUCAGCACUGCAAAGUGCAAGAUGAUUUAAAAAAAAUUAAUAUAAUAUAGUACAAUGUACCUGAUCUGGUUUUUGUUGUGACGGCUUUAAGCAGCAGAAACCACCUGAACCUAAAAUGUGAAGAUUGGCCAACGCUUGGCUUUUGAUGGUGUUGGGUCCCGACAGUAGUUAAUUGUUGGUUUAAUAGUAACAAAUGUAGCCCCCUGGUCGGUCACUUUCGAUGUCGACAAUGUUAAACUUGAAUUAGGCUGUAGGUCCGUUACGCCUCGUAACAAAAUAUACACCUGUCGUAACAACUGUCAUAUUUGUAAACAAUUUGUUUAGAGGCACACAGUUUCGUAACUAACCAUUAAGUUCAUCCGUGUCACCCCUAUAAAGCGCCGUGGAAUGUGACUCAGACAUGAAAGAUAAACUUAAAGAACAGCUAAAAUAGAGCUUGAGACAUUUGAAAUGGAAGAAAGUGUCUUUUUAUGCGUGCAAUGGGAAAUGAUCGUUAAGAGUAGUUGUUCCCAACAUAAACUAUUAAGAUGAUCAAUUUUAAAGUCUGAGAAUAGUUCCGGAAUUUUUUCAGACUUAUCUGACUGCAUCAUGAGAGCAGCUACUUCCGUUUUACUGCCGCUGUUGACGUGCAUCUGCUGGGGACACACCUGGCUGUCUGCAGCAGCCGCCGCCAAUGUUCAGUUCGCCAUGUUCUCCAGGUGCCCGGAUGGCCAGGUGCACAACGGCACCACUCUGUUUACAGCCUGGGAAGUGUCCUUCCUCAAGUGUGCAUCGUCUUGCAGCCUGCACCCCGAGUGCAACUCACUCAACGUCUGUCCUACGGCGACGGAUGGGGUGGUGACGAGUGUUCAGUGUACCAUGCUCGUGGACAUCGCCGGUGAAGACUGCCAAGGGCUCAGGCCGGACACUCGAUCUUCAGAAGAACAUUGCUUUUACUUGGAGAGGAAUGACCGUCGGUGCCAGAAUGGAGGUACUCGGUGUGGCAGCAGAUGUCUUUGUGUGGCUGGGUACGCUGGGGACCGUUGUGACCGAUACAUCAUAGACUGUCAGGAGGCGGUAGAGUACGCGGCUAGUCGCCCUCAAGAUGGCGUAUUUCUCGUUCAGCCGGUGGGCGCUCCUCGAGCCUACCACGUGAUGUGCGAGUUCUGGUACAACCUCACGAUCGUCCUUGCUCGCGACCCUCCCUGUGUUGAUUUUAGCCGAGGGUGGGGCGAGUACAAGACAGGCUUCGGGCUGGACGACAAGAAGUGUAACGGUCAGAUCGAGUUCUUCAGCGGCCUUGACCUCCUGGCUUACAUGACGUCACAAAGGUCGUAUCAGCUGCACGCGCUGCACGAGUACAACCAGUACAACAGCACCGCCAGCGCCUACUACAACGGCUUCCGGAUCAGCGGAGAGGCCGGCAGCUACGCUCUGACCUACGACAGCUUCACCAGCAGGUCAGGGGUCGACGCCAACAACGGGUUCGGAACGGGAACCGUGCGCUUCUACACGUCGGACCACGAGGCCCCGGACAGUUGCGCAAGUGCGAGAGGGCAGCCUGGCUGGUACGGGGCAGAGUGCAAAGGUUACAGCCCCUUUGCUAGCAGCCCCACCUGGACCGUGCCCGCUGGUGACGUCACCAUAAACAAGAUUAAAUAUUACAUGAUGCGCCUAUAGCCGAAUACCAGGAAUUGUUUUAAAGAUAUAAUGGUUUGCAAUUUUUUUUUUAAUAACGGCUGGGUAAAAUUCUGGACAAGAUAAUAUUGCCCCAGAUCUGACUGAACAAUAUGCAGGUCCUUUAUUUUCGUUCCGGAGAAAACACUCUGAAAUAUUACUUACCAUGCACAGACAGAGGUCAAAUCUGUGACCUCACGUUUGUAACAAAUGUUUCUAAUUAGUAUCUGGUUCCAGCUCUCGCACUGAGUUCGAGUUGACGACAUAAACUUAUACACGUACAAUCAUGAUGUUCGUGCGUGUGUGUUGUCGACAUUUUUCUGUGUAUGAUUAUGUAUGUAAAUAUUCUAAGAAAUAUUGCCUUGCACUAAGCUUCGACUCCUCCUCUCCCCCCUUUAAAAAAUGCACGC